GUGUAGGGGGGAAGGGAAGGCUAGAGGAGGCAGAGGGCUGGGCUGGAAUGAAAGCACAGUACUGGGUAAAGAAGGUGCUGAGAAGGAAGCCACUGGAAGGCAUUGCUAAGGACCAGGAGUGGACAGGGCAUGGGGUAGAGAUGGAAGGCUGUGGCGGAAGGAGCAGAGUGAAUGCUGAGGAGAUUCACUUUCAAGACAGGGUGAAAGCUAGACAGUGGCGUAGAAGCAGGCAGGGUAAGUGUUGGGCAAGUGAAGUUGGAGGACCAUGAUUGUGUUAUAUAAACUUACCUCGUUUUCCACGUGAAGAGAUGUCUCAGCACCACACUGCAGGAAGCUUGGAUCUAAAUCGGUGGUCUUCCAAAUCUUUUUUGCUUGUGUAUUUCCUAGAAGGAUUUUGAAAAACUGCAUACUCUUUUACACUUUUAAAGUUGAUUCACAGCAAGUUGCAAAUACAUGUACCAGAAGAUCCUAUGCAUCCUACACUCUGCCUCCAUCAUCCAUGCUCAACUACAGCACAAGAGCAAAACCAGAGCUUAUCCAGAUAUUGCAGCCUGGCUCCUCGCUUAGCUUGUACGGAGCUCCCCACUAAUGUGGACAAACCCUGAUACCCUCAGGUGACAGUCACAUGGCUCCAAACCCAGUCUGGCCACCUGCUUCCUCCACAUGGAAAAGGAAGGUUGUAAGGCUCGUACUAGCUUAAUAUCACUGUGAUCUGAGAUCUCUGCCCUUUGAAAUUUGUGGAGACUGGGUGAACCAGUGUAUGGCAAGUUUUGACUCUAGCAUUGUAUCCUGUAAUGGGACUUCCUGUUGAGUGCUCCCCCACAUCCAACACCAAGGCCACUGAACGCCUCUUUACCAACAUGCCGCCGCCUCCGCUGUUUGCAGACCCGCCAGCUGUGUGACGAGCUUCCUCCACACCCUCCCUGGAUCCUGCAAUGAAUAAACUCUAGCUGUGGAAAGAACAGCAAACACAGAUCAGAGCCAAGAGAUAGAUGGCAGUGGAUGUGAGCUUCAGCAAACGUAUGCCUGGCUCCUCGCUUAGCUUGUACGGAGCUCCCCACUAAUGUGGACAAACCCUGAUACCCUCAGGUGACAGUCACAUGACUCCAAACCCAGUCUGGCCACCUGCUUCCUCCACAUGGAAAAGGAAGGUUGUAAGGCUCGUACUAGGCCCGGUGGCAUCAGAGCCGAGUGAUGGAUGACCUGCGGUCCCAGAACCUCUCCAUGGACAUGACCGACUCCUCUCCCGCCUUGGCCAAUAACAGACUGGAGAAUGGCAUGGCCCAGCUGAUCACCACCGAAGCCUGGAACAUCAACUCCACUGACCUGGUAAAGAAGGCCCUGGUGACCGUGCCGGCCCCGUCCAUCCUGAACCCCCCGGCCGAGUCUCAGAGCGGCGUGGCUCUGAAGGUGGCGGCCACCGUGCUGCAACCCCUGUGCCUCGGGGAGAGCCCGGUGGUGAUGCCCAUUCACAUGCAGGUGGAGGGAAGCUCGGCGCCCGAGCUCAACCCUAAUGGCAAUGCCACCUAUGUCAUGACCACGCAGGGCCCCGUGCAGCUGCCCGUGGUGCUGGAGCAGCACGUCUUCCAGCACCUCAACUCCCCUCUGGUCCUGCCACAGGAGGCCCCGUGCUCCUCCAGUGCCAUCCACAACAACCUGUUCCAGGGAGCCGAGGACCCCGAGGCCCCACCCCAGCUCCUGGACCUGCGGAUCCCCAGCCAGCCGCAGGAGCCCACGUUGCCAUUUGAAGCCGUGCUCCAGAAUUUGUUCCCCUCACAGGGUGCUCUCGGCCCCCCACCCUGUCAGCCUCCUCCUGGAUACGCCCCGGUGCCCCCCCAGCCCUUUAACUCCCCGCUGUCCCCCCUGGUGCCCCCGGCCACCCUCUUGGUGCCCUACCCUGUGAUCGUGCCCUUGCCCGUGCCGGUCCCCAUCCCCAUCCCCAUCCCGGUGCCUCAGAGUCCUGAAUCCAAGCUCGGCUCCAGUUUCCCCAAGCCGCCGUCUUCCUUCGGCCUGCACCCCUUUAAAGGCGGCCAGCCCCCCCUGGAGAAGGAGGAACUGAAGCCCUUCGAUCUCCUCCAGCCGAGGGAGUACUUCCAGCUGAGCCGCCACACGGUCAUCAAGAUGGGCAGUGAGAACGAGGCCCUGGAUCUGUCCAUGAAGUCGGUGCCCUGGCUGAAGGCGGGCCAAGCCAGUCCCCCCGUCUGCCAGGAAGAUGCGGCCCUAGACCUGUCGCUGGCGGCCCACCGAAAAGCUGAGCCUCCCGUGGAGACCCUGUUCGACGGCAGCGGGUCAGUGGACCGCCCGGCUCACGGGGCGCUGGAGAAACUUCCCGGGGGCGGGGACGCGCCCUUUGCCCCUGCCACGGCCCCCGGGGCCUCGGCCACGGAGAGCCACGUGGGGGGCAGCAACCCCGCCCAGCCGCCCGGCCAGCCCGGCGGGGACGUCAAGGCCGAAAAUCACCCUGACGUGGUGAGCGAGUCCCAGGCGGCCAAGGUGAUCGUCUCGGUGGAAGACGCCGUGCCCACCGUCUUCUGCGGCAAGAUCAAGGGCCUCUCGGGGGUGUCCACCAAAAACUUCUCCUUCAAAAGAGAAGACUCCGUGCUUCAGGGCUACGACAUCAACAGCCAAGGAGAAGAGCCCGUGGGCAGCACGGAGCCCCUUAGGAAACCCGUCAAAAACCGGAGCAUAAAGUUAAAGAAAGUGAACUCCCAGGAAAUACACAUGCUCCCGAUCAAAAAACAACGGCUGGCCACCUUUUUUCCAAGAAAGUAAAUAAUGGCUUUUUAAAAUUUUUAUGAUUAUAAUAUGGGGAAAGGUGCAUUGGUUUUAUAAAAAGGCAUUUAAGACAAAUUAUCUUUGUUAAUUAUUUGGGGGAGUAGUUGGGAAGUGGGAAGGCGAAUUGGCUCUAGAGGCCCUGUAAGCUAGGAUCGUUUUCUUUUUUAAUUUUUGACUUUUCACAAAUGAGUAAAUAAGAGCAACCUAUUUUUCAAGCAGAUUGCACAUUUUUUGCAGCUUUAAUGGAAUAUUGGGUGAAUCAGAGGGGUAAAAAAAAGCUAUUUUCAUUGCCACAAAGUGCUUUGAUGAUGUAAUACCUAAUAAAGGGUAGGAUGAAUAUUUCACAAUAAAUGUUUGUUUGCACUAA